AUGACAGAGAGUGCUCAAGAUGAAAGCAACAGUGAUGGGGGGCCGAAAUCAAGCUCUGAAUUACUUGAUUUAGAUAUCGAAAACUUCAAGGGGGACUUCUCAUACGAUGCUUUAUUUGCAAAUACUGUAAAUGGGCUGUUGCCAUCUUUUAUAGAAGAAGAAGAUACCGACGGGGUUGUUAAUAAUAAUACAACUAAUGAUUUGCCUAGCGGGAAGUCUGCACACGGGCUAUCAAGUCCCUUAUUUCCUCAAGUAGACACUUUAGUCUUAAUCUUUAAGGAUUCUUGUACCCAGUUACUUCAACUGCGGAAACAGAUUGACGGAAGACUACAAACACUUAAAAAGGAUGUUAUUUCACAAGACUCAAAACAUAAGAAGACACUUGUUGAGAUAGAAAAGGGUGUAGACGGAAUAUUUAAAAGUUUUGCAAGAUUGGAUACACGUAUCUCCAGCGUUGGACAGACAGCUGCUAAGAUCGGGGAUCAUUUGCAGAGUGCAGAUUCACAGCGGGAGACUGCUAGCCAGACCAUGGAGCUCAUAAAGUACCUCAUGGAAUUCAACAGUAAUCCAGGCGACCUGAUGCAACUUUCCUCGCUGUUUUCAGAUGACAAGCGUGUAGCCGAGGCUGCAUCAAUUGCACAAAAAUUGCGUUCCCUUAUAGAGGAAGAUAUUGGAAGACAUGGUGCAACAAUGCAUUCUGUUCCAGGAAAUGUAAGUGCUAGUAAAGGAUUGGAGGUUGCGGUUACCAACCUGCAAGACUACUGCAAUGAAUUGGAGAACAAGUUGUUGUCUAGAUUUGAUUCUGCAUCUCAGAGAAGAGAAUUGAAUAAUAUGGCAGAGUGUGCAAAAAUCCUUUCACAGUUUAACAGAGGUACCAGUGCCAUGCAACAUUAUGUGGGUUUACGGCCGAUGUUUGAUUUAGAGGUCAUGAACGAAGACUCUAGGUUGGUUCUUGGCGACCAGGAUUCUACACCUGAUCCAGUUAAUGUCAAUCUUGCACUAUCAGAACUGUACAAACAAAUAACAGACACUGUUCGAAAAGAAUCUGCCACCAUCAGGGUUGUAUUCCCUUGUCCCAACGAUGUCAUGUCAAUAUUGGUUCAGAGAGUAAUGGAGGACCGAGUUCCUAAUCUUCUAGAGAAGCUAUUAGUAAAACCAUCCAUAGUAAAUCCACCAAUGAUGAAACAAGGUGGCUUAUUGCUAUAUCUUAGAAAGCUAGCUGUGGGAUAUGAAAGAACGCAGGAACUUGCCAGAGAUCUCCGCAGUGUGGGAUGUGGGGACUUGGAUGUUGAAGGCCUAACAGAAGCCCUGUUUCUUGAGCACAAAGAUAUAUACCUCGAGUGUGAACGAGCCUCUUUGAGACAACUCUACAAAGCAAAGAUAGAGGAACUGCAUGCCGAGGGCCAGCUAUCAUCCAAAGGGGCUUUAAUAUCUGUUACAGUGGUAACAGAGUUUGUGAAUUGGAAUGAAGAAGCAAUAUCAAGAUGCAAAUUGUUUUCACCUCAGCCUGCUAUUCUUGCAGCCAAUGCCAAAGCUGUGUUUACUUGUCUUCUAGACCAAGUCAGGCAAUAUACAACAGAAGGGCUUGAAAAAUCCAGAGAUGGCCUAAGGGAAGCCGCUUCUCAGAGGGAGAGGUUUGUGCUAGGUCGAAAAAUGGCUUCCGGUGCUGCUUCUGCUGCAGAAGCUGCAGGUGCUGCUGGUGAAAGCAAUUUUAGAUCUUUCAUGAUUGCCCUACAAGGCUGCGGAAGCAGUGUGGCUAUAAUUCAGCAAUACUUUGUUAAUACUGUUUCAAGGCUUCUGUUACCCGUGGAUGGUGCGCAUGCUGCUUCCUGCGAGGAAAUGGCAACAGCUAUGUCCAGUUCAGAAAAUUCUGCAUGUAGAGGACUCCACCAGUGCAUUGAGAUAGUUAUUGCUGAGGUAGAGAGGUUGCUUUCAGCUGAGCAAAAGGCGGCCGACUAUAAGUCACCAGAUGAUAGUCUCCUUGCAGAUCCUCGGCCUACAGUUGCAUGUACAAGAGUUGUAGCAUAUCUCUCCCGCGUGCUUGAGUCAGCAUUCACCGCACUCGAAGGUCUAAACAAACAAUCUUUCCUAACUGAAUUGGGAAAUCGCUUGCACAAAGCUCUGACUAAUCACUGGUUGAAAUUCUCUUAUAAUGCCAGUGGAGGACUGAAGCUAAAACGUGACAUCACCGAAUAUGGGGAUUUCCUACGAAACUUCAACACUCCUACAGUUGACGAGAAACUUGAAUCAUUAAGCAUUAUGGCCAAUAUCUUCAUUGUUGCCCCUGAAAGCUUGUCAAGUCUGAUUGAAGGCACACCAAGCAUCCGUAAAGAUGCCCAAAGGUUCGUUCAACUCAGAGACGACUAUAGAAGUGCAAAACUAGCAUCAAAGCUUAGUUCGGUAUGGAAUUAACCGAACCCGGC